AUGCAGCUGUACAUGAGUCUGCGCAGCCCCAACUCCACAAACAUGUGGCCCGCACUGCCCCACCACCGCACCCUCAACAGCUCCUCAUGCCUCAUUCUAGGCCAUAUUCAGUCUGUGCUGCUGUCUCCACAAGAGGACAGUGGACAUGGAGAUCCGAGGGUUUAUACGCUCAGAGCUGAAAACGCUGUAGGAGCUUCAGGACUGAGAGCCAAGUGGCAGUGA